UUAUACGGUGGCGGCGCAGUUUUAAAGUCUUAUCGUAUUUUGUGGCUGCGAUUCGAUUUUCUCUUCGUGUUUUUUUUGUGAAGGAACAUUGUUUAAAUCUGCAUUCAUAAUACAGAUUGGUGAUCGUUAUAUUUUCUAUGAAUUGAACAACUGUACUGCAUACGAAAUUAUACGUGCAUAAAAUUAAUAAUGAACGAUGAGAAGCAACCACUUCUCACUGGACCGAACACUCCAAAUGAAAACAAUGAUGUACAUGCCGUAGAAUUGUUAGAUGAUCCGACAGUGCCUAAAGACAUUAAAACCAAAAGCGAUUAUCACCCCGCAUCUGAAAGAUGCCUAGAACAUCCUACAUCAAAUUUCGAUACUCUCAUUCAUCUACUCAAAGGCAAUGUUGGCACUGGAAUUUUAGCCAUGCCCGACGCAUUCAAAAACGCUGGUCUAAUGUUUGGUGUUUUUGGCACAUUAAUUAUGGGAGCUGUUUGUACACAUUGUAUGCACAUUCUUGUUCAAUGUUCAAAUGAGCUGUGUAUCAGAAAUCAAAGACCUGCUUUGGGGUUUUCUGAAGUGGUAGAAGAUGCUUUUACAUCGGGACCAGUGCCUUUGAGGCCAUAUGCCAAAAAAAUGAGGGCUAUAAUCAAUGUUUUUCUGGUAAUAACACAACUGGGGUUUUGCUGUGUGUACUUUUUGUUUGUUGCGACUAACCUUCAAGAUACUAUGCGUUUCUUCCAUAUAAAUCUCAGUGUGCAUACAUAUUUGGCAAUCUUGUUUCCAGCAAUAUUCGCAUUAUCUAUGGUGAAAAAUUUAAAGUAUUUAACCCCAGUGUCUUUGGUUGCAUCUAUAAUGACUGCUUGGGGCUUAGUUGUAACAUUCUAUUAUAUACUGCAAGAUUUACCUCAUACUAGUACAGUGAAAGCAUUUGCAAGUUGGCAUCAAUUACCUUUGUAUUUUGGCACAGCUAUUUAUGCAUUUGAAGGUAUAGGAGUGGUGUUACCGCUUGAAAACAACAUGAAAACUCCAGAAGAUUUUGGUGGAUGGACUGGAGUUUUGAAUUUAGGUAUGGUGAUAGUAGCAGCAUUAUAUACCGCCAUCGGCUUUUUUGGAUAUCUUAAAUACGGAGAACACAUACUAGGCAGCAUCACGUUAAAUUUACCAAAUGAUUUGUUGGCGCAAAGUGUUCGCACGGUGAUGGCCGCGUCUAUUUUUCUUUCAUAUGGCCUACAAUUCUACGUACCAAUGAACAUAGUCUGGCCUUUCGUAAAAUCGAAAUUGACUUCGGAAGAAGCGCUCAAGCACGGCGAAAUUGUGACUCGAGUUACGCUAAUAUUCAUCACGUUUUCAGCGGCGGCGUUGAUUCCGAACCUUAGCGGCAUUAUUUCUCUGGUUGGCGCAUUCAGCAGUUCAGCGUUGGCGCUCAUCUUUCCUCCGAUCAUUGAGAUAGUCACGUUCUGGCCCGACCACCUCGGCGCAUACGGCUGGAAACUUUGGAAGGAUAUAUUUAUAAUUAUAUUCGGCAUCACAGGUUUUGCCUUCGGCACAUACGCCAGCUUAGAAUCCAUCUUGAAGCAUACGUAAAAUUUGCUACUUGACAAUGUUCAACUUGUUUAACCAAAGGCAAAUUUGUUAUUUAUAUUUUAAUAAUAUAGGUGUUGUGUAUUUAACCAUGACAAUAAUUGUAUGUAGUAAUUAAAGGAAC